AUGGCGUCAUCAGCAAAGUCGUCCUUCGUGAAGGGCACCCAUCGAUUUCUGCUGAUGAUGGACCUGUUCUUCCUGCUCAUCUUUGUGGUCAUUGUCAUCUUCUUUGUCAUCCUGUUCGCAGACUGCUGGGCAUCCCGACCCAACAACAACAAGCAACAACAACAAGCAACAACAACAACAAGCAAUGACGACAAUGGCAUCGCCCGCGCCACUGCUGGUGCUGCUGAUCGGCUUGGCUGUGGCCCUUUCAACGCCGAAUGGAACAACCGCAACCAAUGCAACCAACAUGACAAAACGUCGAUGCCUGUGAAUGUGACAACAACAUCGAUGCCUGUCAACGUGACGACAACGUCGAUGCCAGUUAACGUGACAACAACAUCGAUGCCAGUUAACGUGACAACAACAUCGAUGCCAGUUAACGUGACAACAACAUCGAUGCCUGUGAAUGUGACAACAACAUCGAUGCCCGCUAAUGUGACAACAACGUCGAUGCCUGUCAACGUGACGACAACGUCGAUGCCAGUUAACGUGACAACAACAUCGAUGCCUGUCAACAUGACCACCACCACCACCAUGCCCGCUAAUGCGACGGCAGCGAACACAACCACCACCACCACCACCACCACGACUUCAACAACCACGACGACAACAACUACCACGUCAAAUGAGACCUCCACCGCAACAGCCCCCGCAACGAAUGCAACAACGACAGUUUCGCCAGCCUCCACAAGCGCUGCAACCACAACGACUUCAACAACAACGACCACGACAACAACAACGACCACAACAACCACGACCACGACCACAACAACUACCACGUCAAAUGAGACCUCCACCACAGCAGCCCCCGCAACAAACGCAACAACACCAAUCCCGCCAGCCUCCACAACCACAACAACCACGACCACAACAACGACCACGACCACGACCACAGCAACGACAGAAACGUCAACAGCAUCCACGAGCUCCACGGCAACGGCGACGAAAGCCAUGUACACCUUCUUGGUCAAGCUGAAGGUUGCCGUGUCCUCGUCCACGCUGAGCACGAUGGAAGUGCUCGCACUAAUCCGCCAAGUUGCAUCGCAGUACCUGAAGAUCAGCGAGGAUGAUGUGGAGGCCGCUGUUGUCAUGGCGUCUGGCGGGUCCCCGCAUCGCCGGCGUGAGCCUGCCUCCACCACACCUGCCCCAGCCAAGCCUGCCCACGAGUACAUUGUGUUCCUGCAUGUGACGGUGGAGCAAGACCUGUGGGAGGCGGCAAACGAAACCCUCAACGACUACAUUACAAGCGGCGAUUUUGCCCGCGACCUCCAACGCUCUGAUGAAGGCAUUGAGUCUGCGACGGUGGCUGUUGCCUCGCGGGUGCAGCCGCAGGAUCCAGCCUCAACGUCGGGCGUGUACGCGUGGCAGAUUGCCCUUGCCAUCGUCGGCGUCAUCACCCUCAUCGCUAUUGUUGCGCUGUGGCGGCGGCGGUCGCGGCGCGGAUACCACACGGCGCAGACAACAGAGGCGCUCUUUGACAACCCGCUGUACUACUCGGAGAACGACGACGACGAGGAAGACGUGUAUGCAGCCUGGGGCGCCUCCCGCGCAUGAGGUGGUGGUGGUGAUGAUGGUCCUCCUGGUGUGAUGGUGAUGAUGGUGAUGUGGUGGUGAUGGUGAUUACAUCACAUCGCAUCACGUCAUGUCACAUCACGUGUUAUUCUUCCUCUCCUGUGAGUUGGUGUUUGCUGUGAAUGUUAAUGUGUGUAUGUGCGAGUGGUUUGGGACGUGUGCUGAUGCUGAUGACACGCGUUUGCUGUUUCAUGGUGGCACUUCACAUUACUACUGUGUUUUCAUUUCAUAUAAACGAGCCAUCCUACACAUGGAGGGAAUGCCAAGA